UGAGGAUUGGCAAGAGUCGACCGCUUGUCAAAGACGUUCGGGAGACACGCGUGGAAGGCAGACCGGGGGAUAACAGACCGGUAGUUGCGAGAAUGCCGCGGGGCCGGCUCAAGGCUGCUACCAAGGGCUACAAAGGGUCCGAACAAUUUCACCUGCGGGACUAGCGUGAUUGCUGAAGAUCGACGCGCUCCGGUAUCGAAGAUCAUCAAGCGAAGAAUAACCUGGGGAAGAUGGCAGGUGCAGCGUGGAGUGGCUGGCUUCAGCGUUGUCGAGAGUCUCGGCAACUCGUCCUCGUGAUUGUUGCUAUUGCCCUACUUCUAGACAAUAUGUUACUCACAACUGUAGUACCGAUUAUCCCAGGAUUUUUAUUUGACAUAAAUCACCCGAAUGGGACGGAAAAGCCGGAUGUCUCCAUUGGGCACACGACUCAAUCAACUGUUGUAAAUUCACCUAGCACACCAACUCCACCAGGUAAAUGCACGUGUCCGCUGAAUGAUUCAUCUGGCAAGGAUCUCCAGUUUCUUCUCAAUACUUCCAAUGCUGCCGGGCUUACUACACUUGGUUCGACAUCGCCGACCCUCAACCUCUCCUCCACUCUAGAGCCAAAGAAAGAAAUUCGCCACAAAGAACUCCUGGAGGAAACCGUAGCCGUUGGUAUGAUGUUUGCGUCCAAAGCUUUUGUUCAGUUGUUGACAAAUCCCAUUGUUGGUCCUCUCACACACAAGAUUGGUUACAGCAUUCCGAUGUUCACCGGCUUCAUCAUAAUGUUCCUUUCGACUCUUAUAUUUGCGUUCGGUCGGAGCUACAGUAUUUUAUUCCUGGCGAGGGCUCUUCAGGGGAUCGGUUCUUCCUGCUCUAGUGUUUCUGGUAUGGGAAUGUUAGCUGAGAGAUACCAAGACGACAAAGAACGGGGGAAUGCUAUGGGAAUAGCCCUCGGAGGUCUGGCCCUGGGGGUGUUAAUAGGUCCACCCUUUGGAGGUGUUAUGUAUGAGUUUGUUGGUAAAUCAGCACCUUUCCUCAUACUGUCCGCACUAGCCCUCGGUGAUGGAUUAUUGCAACUUCUAAUGCUCCAGCCCUCGGUCGUCUACACAGAAUCCCCGCCGCCAUCUCUGAAAGCCCUCAUCUCAGAUCCUUACAUUAUUAUAGCUGCUGGGGCUAUAACAUUCGCCAACAUGGGAAUAGCGAUGUUGGAGCCGAGCCUACCGAUCUGGAUGAUGGAUACGAUGAAUGCAAAACGGUGGGAACAGGGUGCUACAUUUUUACCUGCUAGUAUCAGUUACUUGAUUGGUACAAAUCUUUUCGGUCCUCUAGGCCAUCGAAUGGGGAGGUGGCUAGCUUCAUUAAUCGGUCUCGUUGUCAUUGGUUUCUGCUUGAUGUGUAUACCUCUCGCCACACAUAUUGAUCACCUCAUAAUCCCCAACGCUGGUCUGGGUUUCGCCAUUGGCAUGGUUGACAGUUCAAUGAUGCCUGAGCUCGGUUAUCUAGUCGAUAUACGGCAUUCAGCGGUUUAUGGAAGUGUUUAUGCCAUUGGGGAUGUUGCAUUUUGCCUUGGUUUCGCCAUUGGUCCUGCACUAAGUGGUACACUAGUCAACACCAUAGGAUUCGAGUGGAUGCUCUUUGGCAUCGCAAUCCUCUGCUUUUUGUACGCUCCACUCAUGUACUUCCUGAAGGCACCUCCAACAAAAGAAGAGAAGAAGUCCCUCAUUAUCGGGGAAAAAUCAUCGGUGAGGUACGUGACUUACUCCAACGAGGAAGACGAGCAAUAAGGGCAUUAGAUUUUUUUAUCCUCCGAGAUUUCCGAUGUAUUUUACUUAAUGUUAAACCUCUUGAAGGCAGAAAGUCAUUACUCGAUAAUUUUUAAUUCUUCGUGUCUGUCUAGGGAUUAUCUUAACCACUUAAUUACGCAGUAGUGAAGUGGUGAAGAGUCUUUGAUAAAUAUUAAUUUAUACGGAGUGUUAUUUUUAUCCGACGACUGGAAAACAAUUAUUCCCACAAAUUUCAACGUCUCUGUUAUGUUUCGAGGCUUUUUACUCCAAUUUCAAUAUUUUUCAAAGGCUAUUUCGUCACUUCAAGACUCUAAAUCGCAGAAAUAAAUAGGUUUUCGUUGAAAAUAUGCAUGAUGCAUGUUCGUGGGCUAUGUGUACCGUCAUAAACUAAGGGAAACCACCAAAUAACCGAUAACCAGAGACGAAAAUACGCUGAGAGAAAAAUGUUGUAAAACGGGGGGAUUAUUUUUUGACUCAAACGCUCAGUGCUUUUCGAUAGUGCCAAUGAAACACGGAAUAUGUCGUCACUUUUAGUCGAUUGUAUGAUUAAACUAUCCUUCAACAGUUGAUUCUGAGGGCUACAAUCGAUCAUAUAUUCCUUCGUAUUCCUCGAAUAUUUCAUCGAAUUUUAAUAGUUAUUGGAUUGCAUCACAUUCCGGUGAUCUGAAACCUUAUUGUAGGCGAUUUCAACGGAAUCGUAUUCAAUAAUAUAUUUUGAAUGAAAUAAUGCCUCAUUUCACGCACGAAAAAAUUUAACAGAAAACCUACUGAAUUCGUUAGA